ACAACGGUUCCAGAUGCUUAAUUACUUAGCCUUGCGCUAUAACUUGUUUUCUCGUCACCGCCUUCAAAUCCCUCAAUCUGCAGUGGGAGUCAAAAAACAAAGAUAAGAUGGUGGAAGUCACGAGCUUCAAACUCUGGAUUUCCCAAAUCAUUAUCCUACUGGGAUUGCUAGCCUUCGUCAUGUGGCUAAGCAUCCGCCCGAAAAGCCCCGACUACACCAUUACUAAGUUCUCAGUUGAGAACGGCAACAUAGAGUAUGCCUUAGAGAUUCAAAAUCCCAACAAGGAUUCAGACACUUUCUUUGACGACUGCAUCUUGACUUUUUUCAACAAUCAGGACUCCAUAGCUUCCACAACCAUACCGCGUUUCUCCCAAGAUAAAGGGGAAACAACACCAAAAAUAGGAGUUGUCUAUGUGGAUGCAAAGGUGUGGAAAGCAUUGCACGACCAAAUAUCAAAUCGAAAAGCUCAAUUGCAGGCUGCUUUAGCUUCCAAGAUUCGAUAUCGAACCUGGGGAAUUAAGAGCAGGCGUUACGGAGUGCACCUGAAAGCUCAGUUACCAAUUGGAUCAGACGGCAAGAUUCCAAGCAAGACCAAGAUGCAUAAUGGCACGAAGAAAUGGAGAAUCAGAUUCACGUGAAUCAUAUCAUAUCACAUGUAAAGUGGUUAAUUAGUCAUUGUUUCAAGAUUAUGUAGACAGAUAGAGUGUCAUGCAGGAGUUGGGUACGGCUGCAGAUGUAAAUUUAAGCUAAGGGAUCAUACAUUUCUGAUCAAAACUAGCACAUUCCCCAUGAAACAACGUUCGAC